AUGUGCAAAACAGGAUCGACUGCAAUUUCAAAUACAGUACCGAAAGUAAAAAUGUUUGAAGAGUGGGCGAAGGCGUCUAAGCAAGAUUUAUUACUUGUUCGAGAAGUAGCCAAGCAAGGCUUAAAUCUACCUAAUGACGUACCGCUUCCGUCUGGAUACGAACCAUCCGAUGCUAAUCUAUUUGUGAGAUAUACGUUCCCUUAUCCGUCAGAUGCAAAUCAGAGCGGAAAAACGAAACAUGUUGCUGGAACGCAGAAUCCGGAAUUUGAUGAUGUUUGUGUGCUACAGAUUGGCACGCGUAAGAAUAGAGGACUGAAACUAAUGCGAGUGCUCAAAAGGAACCCGUUGAAGCUUGAGGUAUACCAGAAAGGGAGUUUCCUCCGAAGUGAUAAACUUCUCGGCACCUGCGAAUGGAAAUUGGAAAAGUUGGAGUCGAGUGCGCUGCUGGAGGAGUCGCUACCAUUGAAGGAAGGGCGAAAAGCUGUUGGAGGCUUGCUGACGUUGAAAAUUCGCAUACGGGAACCUCUUGGAGAUGCGAAAAUCUCGGCUACGCAACAUCGAUGGAUGGUGCUGGACAAUUAA